CGCGGUACGGAACACUCUGGGACAGGUUCCCAACGCGGUAACGCGCCGCCGGCCGCAGUACCGUCGUACGGUUUGCGCAAGAACCAUCCCGCUCGUUCCUCAUCGGCAUGACACUCGGCUCACCUGUCGUCGCACUGUCGUCGUAAAGUCGUCCGAAUUCUUCCCUCCGACUCGCGAUCGAUCUCGCGUCCUCGCGCGGCCUCGCGCCCUCGACCUCCCCCACGGUCUUCCAUCUUUCGCUUCUCGAUCAAGAUCCCGCGCUAAGUCGUCGGGGACUCGCGUGAAUAGUGAACGAUUGACAGACCCAUUGAUCACUGGUGAACGAUGUGAUCGCGCGUGGUCCCGAUGGUGCACGGCUCGGCGACGAUCGAGGAAGUCGAUCGAAACGUGCCCCUCGAUGAUCCUUCAAAGAAUGGACACAAACGCGACGACGCUCGAUAGGGACAAGAGCGCGAAGAGUUUCAACGUUGGUUUCAUUUCUUGCGAUAUCGUCCCCAAAACGUAGACGCCUGUUAAAACGCGGCUCGGUGAUUGAGAAUCGAUACGCGCGCUGCGGCAAAAUUAUGUGACGAUCGUGUUCGUGCUUUUUCACAGCCCCCUUGGAAUUUCGCGAGAAUCCCUUGAAAAAGACGAGUCACUUCUUACGCGGAGGAUCUUGAAGAGCCUGAACAUUCAGAGAUUUUAAUAAUCGCCAAGAGACAACGACCGCAACUUUAGGAUUCGGAAAGACCGAGAGAUACGGACUGAGCUGUAGCUGACAAUACAUACUUGAGAGUACGGAGAGUACGGUUCAGCGAUCAUAUAACUUCACUUCGUCGAAUGUGCUUCCGCGAAGACAAUCUCGUAAGUGCGAGGGACACGGUGGGACUCAAAUGUGAUUUACUUUUCGUUGCAAAAGUAAAAAUAUCGACGGAAGGAACUAUGUCGCGACGCGUCGCCUGGUGCUUCAUUUGAUACCAAAUAUCAAUAGCGACGGCAACGAUAUAACCAAACAACUCGAAAAACAACGUUAAAUAACGGCAGCAUUAAUCAACACGUUCGAGCGACACCUGUGCGUAUAAAUAAUAAACAAUAAACUGUGAUAUAAAGCUGAGAUAGGGGUGGUCCCAUGAAUUAACCGCCGCCAUCAGCUGUUAAAUUAACUGUGGACGAGGGUUUGAUCCUCCUGGCGUAUAUGUUUGUGUGCCUGUGUGCAUGUGCGGUUCACUUUGUACACGAUGGAACGUUUGCAAUGAGAUCGGACGAGCCAACGGGGUUAAGCAUCGCUAAUUAUCUUAGAGCCGCCGUAUAAUUGCCGCUAAUUAAUCAGUGUGACUCUUCACGCUCCUCGUCUCUGUCGGAUUCGAGCUGCGAGUUCCUUUCACGCUUCCCGUCGUCGCGAGCUCAUAUACGGAAACAAUGAAGUGGCUUUGGAUAAUUGUCUUAGUGGCUCUGGCGCUGCCAGCUGCUGUACCACGAAAAAUCCACAGGAGCAAGCCGACGCCACGUCUAUAUGGUGACAGAGUUCCUGUCAGUUUAAUAAGGACCACUAGUAGCAAGGUGCGGCAGAAGAUCGUGGACACCCACAAUUACUUUCGCACGCAGGUCAAGCCAUCUGCCGCCAACAUGCUCGCCAUGAAAUGGCAUUCGGGUUUAGCGAAGGCAGCACAGAGGUGGGCUGAUCGCUGCCUCGGUUUAGUGCAUGACAAUGCAACCGGCCUGUACCUGGAUGGCUUUGGACAGAGUGGACAAAAUAUAUUCAUCAGUACGGGUCGUACACUCUGGAACUUCCCCAUCAGAAUGUGGUACAUGGAGUACAAGGACUUCAAGUACGGGCCCAAUACGACGAAUGAGAUCCUCGAGAUCGGCCAUUACACGCAGGUGGUGUGGGCAACGACACAUCUGGUCGGAUGCGGGGUGAGCCAUUGCACCGGCGGCAAGGGUCCGCUCGGCAAGGAUUUCUAUAUGUAUGUUUGCAACUACGCUCCGAGUGGGAACUACAAGGGCCGUCUCGGUCUACCCUAUGUGGCCGGACAGCCGUGCAGCAUGUGCAAGGAUCACUGCAUGCGGGACGCGCUCUGCACGAACGCUUGCUACCACACAGAUUUGUGGUCGAACUGCGCUGAACUGGUCAAAACGUUCGGCUCGUGGGUCUGCGAGACGGAUACUAAGGAGGGCCGUGAACGCCGAAAAUUCUGCGGCGCCACGUGCAACUGCAAGGACAAGAUCUACUACCAUCACCAAGGGUAGGAAGGCUCCUUGACUUCCGCGUUUGGGUCCACCGUGUUGCAUGAAUAAUUUAAUCGCCCUGCAAAACUAAACUCAAACCUGGUGGGUGUGACGACGGCUAAACGGCUGCAGAUCGUUUAACGGGGGAUCGUGUUGUUUUAUUGAUGAGCUCGUUUGUUUAGUGAUGAGAGCUGGAGGAACGCUCGCAACGUUUCGAGCUAGGGCAUCGAGAGAGACAGUGAGAGACAGACAGAGCGAAUAGCGAGUAAACGGGGAUAAUAUGGAAAUAUGGUAGAUGAAGUGAUUGUGGAAUUUGUGUGCUAUCUGAAUCUCUGGGGCCUAGAUUUCGCGGAUUCUAGAGAUUGCCCAAAGUCUAAUAGAUCAAUAAAUUCUAUACCGCAACGAUCUAAUGACUACACAUGAUCAUUCGAUUUCAGAUCCCAGAGAUUCCAAAAUAUGAUUCUUAAUUGUUGUAAUAUAACCCUUACAUUCUAGGACUCUGAAUUUUACAAUCGAAUGUUCAGGAUCCUUGGAAACUUUACGAAUUAUCGGUGUAAAACUCGCAUCUGUAUAUCUUUUAUGAUUUGAAUAAAAUCGCAUUUCUCGCGAAGUAACAAUACACUUGCAAAAAAUAUCAACCGUAUAUAAUUUUUAAUUUGCUAAAGCAUUAUUUAAUUUAAUAUUUAACUUGUUUGCGUGCUCGUUUCUUCCAGUAAUGUAAAAACAGAUCAAAAGAGAGAAGCUUAAAUAGAAAUGGAUUAAUUUUUCGCAGGUAAAUUUCGUGUGCCGUCUUUAAAAUCGAGAUUAAUCGAAAUGUUUUACAUCUCACGUGUCUAAAGAUAAACAUGAUUUUGUAAUUAAUAUGCACGCACAUCAUGCACGUCCGCAGGAGAACAAAGUUCCACUGGGUUUGAAAAGUUUUUUACCUACGCUUAGCUUUUUAUCAAUAACUCUUUAAUCUGCUUGCUCUUUGCAAAGAUAGAGUUUUUAGUUACAUUGUAUGCAAGAUAAUUCAGAGCGGCUAUCUUUUUAUAUCUUUUGAAUAUCUACAAACAAAUAAUAUCUGAAAAUCUUUAUCGCUCUUGUAUUUUAUAGCAUACAGAGCACAGCUUGGUCAUCUGUACGUCAAAAGAAGAAUAAAGGCUAACUCUACAUUUUA